AUGUUCCAGCGCACCAUCCUCAGACAGGCACAGGCCGCCCGGUCGGUCCUGACCUCUACUUCCACAUCCGCGGCAUCGCUCGCUAUCCGCCGGACAACACGGUUGCAGUCACAGCUGCCCGCGGCUGUGCGGCCAUUCGCUCAUCUGCCCGCUCGCCGUGCCUACUCCACUGAAAACAACGGGGAGAAGAAGGAAACUACGCAGGAGGGUGAGGCUGCUGAGAAUGCCGAGGAGGACCCCUGCCGCAAGGAGCUUGAGGAGAAGAAGAAGGAGGUUACUGAUCUGAAGGAUAAAUAUCUCCGCUCUGUCGCCGAAUUCCGCAACCUGCAGGAGCGCACCAAGCGUGACAUGGAUGCCGCCCGCAACUUCGCCAUUCAGCGAUUCGCCAAGGACCUCCUAGAGAGCAUUGACAACUUCGACCGCGCGCUGCUGGCCGUGCCCGCGGAGAAGCUCAACGCUGAGCGCACCGAUGAGAACAAAGAACUGCUUGACCUCGUCGCCGGUCUCAAGAUGACCGAGAAGACACUCUUGAACACACUUCAGAAGCACGGGCUGGAGCGCUUCGAUCCCAGCGAAGAAGUGGAGGGCAAGCCGCAGAAGUUCGAUCCUAACCUGCACGAGGCUACCUUCAUGGCACCGUCUGCCACUCUGGAGGACGGCGAUGUGAUGUACACCCAGAGCAAGGGCUUCCGCUUGAAUGGGCGUGUUGUUCGCGCUGCCAAGGUUGGCGUCGUCAAGAACGCCUAA